AUGGAAGGUUAUACAUUUGUCAAAAAAAGUAAAAUUAUCUUUGAGUGGAAAAUACCAGACGCAAGUUCUUUUUUAAUUAAAGAAAGUUCGGAAAAUGAAAUAUUGAAGUCUUCGGAUUUUACUUCAGGAUCUAAACUUGAUGAUUUGUGGCGGCUAGAGUUAUGGUUGAAUAAUGAACAUAAUUUAAUAACGGAAGAUUUCGAGGAAGAUCUCGAUCUAAACAAUUAUUUGUCAAUUUCGUUGUGUAAAUUGCAUGAUUAUAACAUCAAUACAAAAUAUAGUUUUUGGAUUUUAACUGAUAAGCAAGAAAAAAUUUCAUUUUAUUCUCAAUUCGUCGAUGCAGAGAAUGACUCUGGUGAAGACUGGGGCGUUGAUGAAUUUGUAGAGAAACAAAAGUUAUUAGACAACAAGGCCGAAUUUUUACCCAAUGAUACUUUGACAAUUCAAGUUGAAAUUAUAAUUGAUGAUGAUGCCUUGACAAUUCCAGUCGAAAAUUUAUCUAACUCAUCACCAAGUCAAUUAGGUCAAGACUUAGGAAAUCUUUACGAGAACAAAGAAAAUUGCGAUAUUACAAUAAUUGUUGGAAAUACAAGAUUUAAAGCUCAUAAAUUAAUUCUGAGUGUCCGGAGUCCAGUUUUGGCUGCGGCGUUCACUCACGAUAUGAUUGAGAAGAAAUCCAAUGAAGUAUCAAUACCAGACAUUGAUCCUGAAAUAUUUGAGAAAGUCCUCAGGUACAUUUACACUGGCCAAGUCUCAGAUCAAGAGGUUGUUGCAGCUAGAUUAUUGGAGGCAGCUGACAAGUAUCAGCUUCUUUCUUUGAAGAAACUCUGCGAAGAAGCACUAAUGAGAUCUUCUAAUCGGGGAAAUAUCGUUGAGAUAGUGGCUUUAGCAGAUCGACACAGUGCUCAAAAUUUGAAAGAUUACGCUAUUAAAUGCAUUAUUGCUGAUGCAACAAAUGUCAUGAAAACUCCUGAGUUUGGAGAACUUGAAAGAACCAACCCGUCCCUUGCAUUGGAAUUAUUGAGAAAAUAUACCUUUUCACAGAUUAAUAACACUACUGUAACUUAUUCAAAUUAAUGGUAAAAGAGGAAUCAAGAAGUUUAAAUCCAGAUUUUAUCUUACAAGACAUUUCAAGAAUAUUAUGAAUUAAAAA